UUGCUGCGGCCGCGGGUUCGCGGCGCCCCAGAAAUAUGAUGGCCCAAUCAGAUAUAGAUCUAAAAGAAACGGCUCUAAAAGAGGACUUGAAAUUUUACUUCAUGAACCCUUGUGAAAAAUACAGAGCAAGACGUCAAAUACCAUGGAAACUGGCCUUGCAGAUUUUAAAGAUACUUAUGGUUACUACUCAGCUUAUCUUUUUUGGUUUGAGUAACCAGUUGGUGGUUUCAUUCAAGGAGGAGAACACUGUUGCUUUUAAACACCUUUUCCUGAAAGGAUAUUCUGGUGUUGAUGAAGAUGACUACAGCUGCAGUGUAUAUACACAGCAGGAUGCUUAUGACAGCAUUUUUUAUGCUAUUAAUCAGUACAGACAACUAAAGAACAUUUCCCUUGGGACACUUGGUUAUGAACAAGAUGAAGAKGAAGGAUCAGGUUUAAAAAUCUGUAAACAGCAGUACAAGAAAGGCACAAUGCUUCCUUCCAAUGAUACACUGAACAUUGAUGUUGCUACUGAAACAGAAUGUAUCCUUUUAAAGUCAAAGGAGCUAGUCAAUAAGAAGGCUGAAAAGAAGCUGAACUCCUCAUUUUUCAAUCUUGAAUUUUACAGGCUUAUACAAGUUGAAAUCUCUUUCAAGCUAAAAGGCAUUGCUCUACAGACAAUCCAUGCCCGUGAAUUGCCUGACUGCUAUGCAUUUCAAAAUACUAUCACGUUCAAUAAUAGAGCCCACAGUGGAAAAAUAAAAAUUUAUUUUGAUAGCGAUACUGACAUCCAAGAAUGCAAAGACUGGCAUGUAUCUGGUUCUAUUCUGCAGAAAAACACUCAGUAUGUUCUGGUUUUUGAUGGAUUUGUCAUUAUAAGCUGCCUUGCUUCUCUUAUCCUCUGCACCCGAUCCAUUAUUCUUGCCUUGAGAUUGCAAAAGAGAUUUGUGAAUUUCUUCCUGGAGAAAUACAAACGUCAUGUCUGUAAUGCGGAUCGCCUAGAGUUCAUAAAUGGAUGGUAUGUCCUGGUAAUCAUCAGUGAUAUGAUGACUAUCAUUGGAUCAAUCUUAAARAUGGAAAUAAAAGCCAAGAAUCUCACCAGCUAUGAUGUCUGCAGCAUUUUACUUGGAACAUCAACUUUGUUUGUCUGGGUUGGAGUCAUCCGAUACUUGGGAUAUUUUCAAACCUACAACGUACUCAUUUUAACUAUGCAAGCGUCACUGCCCAAGGUUCUAAGGUUUUGUUGUUGUGCUGGGAUGAUUUAUCUUGGCUAUACUUUCUGUGGCUGGAUUGUGUUGGGACCUUAUCAUGAAAAGUUUGAAGAUCUGAACACAGUGGCUGAGUGUCUGUUUUCUUUGGUCAAUGGCGAUGAUAUGUUUGCAACAUUUGCCCAAAUCCAGCAGAAGAGCAUGUUGGUGUGGCUGUUCAGUCGCUUGUAUCUGUACUCCUUCAUUAGUCUGUUCAUAUACAUGAUCCUCAGCCUUUUCAUUGCACUCAUUACUGACUCCUAUGAUACCAUAAAGAAAUAUCAACAAAGUGGAUUUCCAGUAACAGAUCUACAUGAAUUUCUAAAAGAGUGUGGCAGCGUUGGCUAUAGAAAAGAACAACCUUCUGUGCCAUUCAUCUGCUGCUGUAGACGACAACAGAGUGAUGACAACUUGAUACUYAUUAAUUGAUCAUGGACUGCUAUAAUAGUUUACUGCUAUAAUAUGAAAAGAAAAAAAAAAGAAAACAUGUGUCUGGAGAAUAAUUCUCCAAAUGGCAAUGAAACCAACUGCUGGACCUGCCCCCAUCUGGACAUACUAACCCUACUGAAGUGCUGGGGAAGAAAAGCUGCUAUGUGACAUAAGCUGGCUGUAUGCAGCGAGAGCCCAGAAGCUCUCUGUGUGUGGAGGAAGAUUGUUAAGAACUUAGUAUUCUUUCCCCAAGUUCAGUUAUGUCCAAGAGGGCUGAUUCAUGAGAAGUAUCUGGAGGAGUUUUGUUUGCUAAUCACCUCCAGGAAGGAGGAGAGUGGUCCUGAAGCAACUGCUGUUGUUGAUGAGGAAAAGAAAUAUAUUAAAUGACACUUCAAAAUAAUUGCACAUUUUAAAAGAAGACUUUUACAUCUCUCAGGCACAAAGAGACGAAUUUUUCACUUCACUUACCGAAGCAAUGCAUUCUCAGUGAGACUGUAAUUUCUGCU